GGGCCACCACCACGUGAAAGCCCCCCGGCCCCCACCUCCUGCGAUCGACCCUCACGCCUCCGUCCCCUUCACUUCACUCGCAGCAGCGUUCAGUUCACCUGCCUUUCUCCAGUCCCCGUCGGGACCCAACCCACGCCCGCACAGGACGGUGCGCGUCUCCACUGAUCUGCACGAUCGCGCGCUCGCCCGCGCCCGCUGCCGGGCGGCCGGGUGGGCUAGUAGCUAGCGCAUGGAUCCCUCGGGGCCAGCCGGUUCGUCCUCCUCGGCGGCGGGAGGCGACGCACAGCAGCACCAGCCGGUGCAGCCGCUGGCUCAGGCGCAGCCGGCCCCUCUGGCCGCGCCUCCGCAGCAGCUGAGCAGGUACGAGUCGCAGAAGAGGCGGGACUGGAACACGUUCCUGCAGUACCUGCGGAACCACCGGCCGCCGCUGACGCUGGCGCGGUGCAGCGGCGCGCACGUCAUCGAGUUCCUCAAGUACCUGGACCAGUUCGGCAAGACCAAGGUGCACGCCGCCGGGUGCGCCUACUACGGCCAGCCCAGCCCACCCGCGCCGUGCCCGUGCCCGCUGCGCCAGGCGUGGGGCUCCCUCGACGCGCUCAUCGGGCGCCUGCGCGCCGCCUACGAGGAAAGCGGCCACGCGCCGGAGUCCAACCCCUUCGCUGCCCGCGCCGUGCGGAUCUACCUCCGCGAGGUCCGCGACGCGCAGGCCAAGGCGCGGGGCAUACCCUACGAGAAGAAGAACCGCAAGCGCAAGCAGCCGGCACCGGCGGCGCCCGGGGAGGCGUCGAGCGCCGCGUCGUCAUCGGCCACCGCGGCAGCACGGGAUGCUGCUGCUGCUGCGAGUGGCGGAGAAGGAAGGUCCAGUGGCAGCGCGUCGGCGGCGGCUGCACCGACGACUGGCGGCCAGGCGGGGGGGAGUGGCAGUACUACUACUACUGCACCGACCAAAUCCCGAGUAUAGUAGAAUCACUUUGCAAAUCAUGUCUAUUUGCUUCUGUACGUCUCGCUAUACCUCGAGCUUUGCAACAUUUGAGCUGUUUCUUCUGCCAUUUGGUUUCAGUAUCGAUCCUUCUCGCUCUUUAGCA